UGUUAUGAGGGAAGUCAUUAAAAGAGAAAAGGAUGGUGGAAUCAUUCCUGAUCCAGAAGUAGAUGCUUACAUGAAGGCAAUAUCGGUUAGAGGACUUAAAAGAAGUCUGCAAACAGAUUACAUUAUAAAGAUCCUAGGGCUUGACAUUUGUGCAGAGACAUUGUUUGGCAAUGCAAUGAGAAGAGGCAUAUCCGUGAGGACAAAAGAAACGUCUUACAAUAGGUUUGGUGGUGGUUCAUAGCUAAGAAAAAACUGGUCCAGCUAUUUGCUGGCAUGGCUUGUCUCUGAAACGUUGCAAAACUGUUUUCAGCUGAGAUGAUCGUUGGUCCAACAAAAGCUCUA